AUGAAACAUUGGGAUUGUGGCAACAAAUCCAUAAAUAAUUCAUCCGAGUUCAAUUCAUCUGAAGAAUCCGAUUCGGAUAAUGGGCCACCAGAAAAGAAUAUUCUCAAUGUGAAUCUAGGCAAGAAAAAAAAAAGAUUGUGGAUUGCGCAGUUAAAAAAAUAUAUCCCUAUUGAGGCAUCAAUUGAUACAGGCGCCAAUGAAAGGUCAACAUGCAUAUUUGUUUUUAUUGAUAAAAGUACACCCGGGAAUUCAUAG